CACCUACUGACGUGACAGAAAAAUGUUAGGAGAGCCGGCAGGUUACAGUUGUUGGUUGGCAGGAUUAGUGUGAGGCCAGAGUAUAGUAAAAGGCGGACUAUACGAAUGAUGGUGGAAGCGAGUUAAAUGAGGAAGGGGCUAUGUUGCGUUGCAAAUUGUCCUGUUUGCUUCUCUGCAUCUAUAUCCUGAUCGCUUGCAUUUCUGAAGUUAAAGGUAAAGGGAAAAAAGUCAUUGGUAUAUUAGGUAGUUCUGCAGAAUUGCCAUGUGAAGUGGACGUUGAAAAAUGUGGCGAAGUUUUUUAUACAACUUGGGCAAAAGAAAUUUCGAAUGAGUGGAAACGUAUAUAUUUCAACGAUGGAGGUAGAAUGGAGAAAGGACUUCAAGAACUGGCUUUUCCAGAUAAAGCAAAAUUUUUCAUGAACGACUCAUCAGCGUACCUUCGAAUAUCUUAUCUUAGAAUUGAAGACGAAGGAUCUUAUCGCUGUGACGUCACCUAUACAAAACCUUGUCCUUCUCUAACUUUCUCAUCCUUAAUAAUACAGGUUCGACCAAGUCCUCCAGAAAUUCAACACGAAGACAAGUUGAUAGAGCAUGGUACUAUAAUAGGUCCUUUUCAAGAAAAAUCAGUUCUUUCUUUAGAUUGUGAAUCGCAGGGAGGUAAACCGACCGCAAAAGUCACAUGGUGGAAAGAUGAUGAAAGCUUAGAUUCUGAUAUAUCAUACACCAACAACAGUUAUGGAUCAAAGGACAUUAAAUCCUCCAUUGAUUUAACUCUUAGUAGGGAUGAUAUUGGAACCAGAUUAAUGUGUCGAGUUGAAAACGAAGCUCUCGAUAAACCACUCGAAAGCUGGGUUGAAGUUGAUUUAAACGUUAAACCAAUAUCGUUAGAAAUAUCAGGACCAACGGAACCAGUUCAAGAAGGUGAUAUCAUUUCAUUGAAUUGUACUGUCGAAGGGGCCAAACCAGCUGCCGAAAUCACGUGGUAUAAUGAAUCGAAUGUUUUGAUUCCUUCACCUGAAUCCGAAACUGAAAAAAUGCCAGAUAAUACUUAUCGUACGAUAAGCGAAUUAGAAAUUGAAGUUACAAAAUUCGAUCAUAAAGGAAUAUUUUAUUGUGAGGGAUCAAAUGAUUUAAUUAAAGAAGAACCAUUACUAGAAUCUUUUAGUAUUGAAGUUGAAUAUCCUCCAGCGGUAGUGAUCGAACCUGAAAAAGGUAUUAUAGUCAACGAAACAACGGAGGCUGUCUUUACUUGUUCGUACGAAGCGAAUCCUGAAACAAUUCUCGAUAUCGAUUGGUAUAAAGAUGGAAAAGAACUUCCUCUAUCGGACUCGACUAAAUAUUCAACUAGUAACACGACUAUGCCAACUCUAACGAUACUCUCUGUUGAUAGAAAUGAUAGAGGAAUAUACACUUGCUCUUUAACUAAUUCCAUUGGCAGAGGAAAUUCGUCAAAUUCGGUCAAACUUACUGUUUUAUAUCCUCCAGAAGUGGAAGUAGUAAUAUCACCAUCAGUAAUAAAUGAAAGAGAUAGCGCAAAAGUUUCAUUAUUUUGCGAGAUUAUUGGUGGAAAUCCUCAAAAUUUAUUAAGAAUUCGUUGGUAUAAAAACGAUGAAUUUUUAAAUGAAGUAACCGAUAAAAAGAUAUCAUGGAUGGAAAUUACAAGAAAUUUUUCUGGAAAUUAUUCUUGUGAAGCUGAAAAUGCUGCUGGAUGGGGUAACAGAUCCGAAAAUGAAGAAUUGAUUGUUCAUUAUCUUCCUGGAGAAGCCGAUAUUAUAGAAGAAGGGGAACCAACAAAGAGGGGUGAAUCUGUAAAUUUAACUUGUGAAGUCGAAGAAUUGGGUCUACCAGAAGCUGAAUCGUAUUAUUGGGAAUUAGAUGGAGAAGUUUUAGAUACAAAUAAUAAAACUUUAAUAAUUGAUGAUGCAGAUUUACAUCACGAAGGAAAUUAUAGCUGUUCAGCAGUCAAUGAUGUUGGUUCUGGUGAGAAAGGUUACCACUUUCUAGACAUUAAAGUUCCUCCCAAGUUUAUAAUUAAAUUACCUAAAUUGCACGGUGCAUCUCGUGAUGCUUCAUUUUAUAAUGUUACUUGUCGUGUCGAGUGUGAUCCUAUCUGCGAAAUUGAAUGGUUAAAAAACGGCGAGAGCAUUAUGGAUUCUAAUUAUUAUAUUAUAACUAAAGAAAAUUUACCAGAAGAAGAGGAAAAUGAUUAUUUCAGCUCUGUAAUAAGUGUCUUGAGAUGGAAUAUGACGGCAUGGCCUGGAGGUAAACUUGAAAGAGAACGUGAUUCUGCUAACUACACGUGCAGAAGCACCGAUAACGAAGUGGGCCCAGAAGUCGAAAGUACUAUGCAAUUUAGUGUUGAAUAUGCUCCAGAAAACGUUGAAAUCUCGCAAAAUUUAAUUACUCUUGAAGAAGGUGACGAAUUCGAACCUAUUAAUUGCUCCGCAUCGUCAUGGCCUCUCAGUACUUAUCGUUGGAAAUUUGGAAAUUUCAUUGUAAACGAUGGUUCAACUUUAGAUUUAAACGAAGUUACACGAAAGGAUGCUGGCAUCUAUACUUGCGAAGCGAGAAAUAGCAGAGGGAAAGCCGAAGCGGAAAUGAUUUUAGAAAUUAGAUACAUACCAAAUUGUGAUAUCGUAAGGGAUGAUGAUGACGACGAAACUAUUUUAAAAUGCGAAAGUGAUGCUUAUUCCGAAGUAAAAUAUUAUUGGACUAAAGAUAACAAUACUUUAGAUGAUGAUAUAGAUAUUGAUGAUGAUAACAGCACCAUCAGAUUUAAAAGAUAUGAAGAAGAAUUUUAUGGUGAAUACGAAUGCAUCGUGGAAAAUAAUAUGGGAGAAUCCGAACCAUGUGCUGAAAUUGUUACGAAACCGGAAGGUUAUGGAGACACAAUUUGGGAUCCAGAAACUGGUGAAAAGAAGAUAUUUAUCAUAGCUGCAAUUGUUGGUGGUAUUGCUAUUCUGUUCCUCAUAAUCAUCGUUGUGAUCAUUAUUUUGAUGAGGAGGAGAAGACGUGCUGUCAUUUGCAAACCUUGUAUGGAGGAAUUGCAAAGCGAUACCCAGCUUCAAACCGGAAUGCCCAAGCAACAAGUGCAUGUUACAAUUCAAACAAAUGGAAGUCCUAUACUUAAAAAUACUAACGCAGUGACCACAUUAAGACGAAUGGAAGACAAAAGGAGGAGAUUGCGUUCGAUAGCAGAUGCAAGUGCUGCCAAGGCUGCUGCACCAGAAACUCUGUAUCAAAAUAUCGAAGCGGCUGAUCAUAAGGAGAAUGGUCUAUCAGAAUCAGAAUCUAAACCGAUGUAUGAGAACAUGCCCUUUUUUGGUCGAACCAAAGGGCCAUUCCGCCCGGACAUCAAUGAUGAUCUCUUAUACGCCGAUAUGUAUGACGACAUUAAAUUGGGCAAAAUACCCGAUCCACGUAUGAAACCUCCAUUGCCUCCUAAAGGUAUUGGUAAGAAGCCCAAGGAACCACCUUUACCACCGAAAACACGGAAGAAGGCGCCAUCUAGUGACAUAAUCUGAAACUGAAGAAAUUCGCUUGACUAAUGAACAGAAAGGAGGCUAUGUUGAUGUAAAUGAUAAUCUUGGAGUGUGUCCCUGACAGAGACGUAUAGUUCGGGACGGGUGUGCUUGUCCCUCGUGCACUUGUCAAGCGUUCUCGCUGCAUAUCAACAAAGCCUAUUCUUUCUAGACUGUCAAUGCCAAAUGGUUUAUUAUGUGAUAUCGAACCGGUGAUACGGGAAGACAUUUCUUUUAAAAAACGAAAAAACAAAAAAAUUUUAUUAAAAAAAGGCAUUGUUUCUUCCCUUAUCUAUAUAUACAUAUAUAAUAUAUAUCAUUAGUCACUCACUCUGUGACUUUUAAUCAGUUAUUUUUAAACAUGUGUACAUUAUAAAUUUGCAGAAUUUGCCUGCAUUUAGCGCGACCGAUCACCAUAGGUUCCAUUGCAAAUUUCUGAGUUUCAUAUGUAUUAAUUUAAAUAAUAUACAUAUCAAUUUAUUUAAAUAUAAGAAAGAAAAAACACAGAACUACUUACAUCUUCUUAUGAUCUGUUAUGCUAAAUCGAAAGAUUUAUAUUUCUAGAAUGAAUUUCUGAAUUCUUGUGAUAUUCUUACGAUAGACAUCAACAAAUUAUAUAUAUAUAUAUAUAUAUACAUAAAUAUAUAUAUACAUACAUAAAUUAUCUAUUUUAUGUCAUUGUGACCAAAUUAUUAUGUUA